AUGUCUCAAGUCAUGGCAGCGCAGCGACUUUACGACUCCGAGGCGGUCCGCAAUGAUCCUGAUAGGCAUGAAGCCGUCUCAGAGCUGUACCGCCAGCUGAGCCGUUUCAGGCUCGGAGAAGACAGCUACCUCUCCUCUUCAUCAGCCUCUUCAUCGUCGUCAAGAUCAUCACCUUCGGUGGUCAGGCAGCCGUUGCCUCGCUCCCAACGCUUGGCUGGUCUGGCUCCCGCUCUUUGCCCUCUCUCACCGCGCACGCCCGUGUCAAGCUUCUCGGAUACCGAGUCUGAGCUGGACGAUCGCGGUGAGGAAGACGAGGAGGAUAGUGAAGGCUGCAUACCACGGCCCGAAGCUCUCGCCGCUCCCAGGCUUUCGACCUUCCGUCGGGUGUCGCACGGCCUUACACCUUGGCCCGGUGCGAUGCCACGAGACUCAGACGCGUCGUCGGCCCCCGACAGCGACGCUGAAGACGACCAUGAUGAUGACGACGAUGCGGACACUUACCACGGUUCGCGAAAGAGCUCCUACGCAAGUAGUGGAGCGGCGACUACUGUCGGCUCAUCUCUAUCACCUUCACGACGCCCCUCAUACAAGGCUGGCUUCGCCGCCACGGUAGCUGCGGCCGCCGCAGCCGUCGCAAAGAGGCCGUCCCUCGUUGUUCCUCGCCGACAAUCUUCGCAUCACAUUCAGCAUCAUACGCUCAAACGCCGCCGAGAAUCGCAAGUCAGCGCAAUGCAGGAUGGUACAUUCCUGCUCCUCUCCCCGCCAAAAUACGGCAGGCCGAGGGAGCGAUGCCAAUCCAUCUCGCCAUCGACGCGUAGCCCUAUUCGCAGCUUUGUCGGGACAAGCAGCCCGCUCGCUAGCAGCAGACGACCAAGCACUGCUGCGCCUCUGCUGACUACCUCGUCCGACGUUGCCCCCGGCCCGAGCAUGAGCACGGCUGCUAGAAGCCACCGCCCGUCCCUUGGGGAGCGGCGCCCUUCUGCCCCAGACGCGCCAGAUGUCUUCGUGUCCACGCCCUCGACUCCAGCAAGACCGCCACGUCGUCACCCAUACGCUUCUGCGCCUGCUCAGCAGCAGCUAAAACUCGCCUCACCCCUCUCCAACCGUCACCUGGAGGACGAUGAGCUGGCCACGGCCGCUUUGCCUGCUUCCCCGUCACCUCCAUCAGGCUGGCGUCUCGAGCCCAUCAAGCUCUGCGCGCCGCAAGACUCGCAUUUUUACGCCCAUCAGCAGCGAAGCCAAGGUGGGCGCGGCGACGAAAUGUCGCCCCUUCUCAUGAGGAGAGCAUCGGAGGUCGCGGUUCAUCCUGGUGCUGCCGCUCACAAUCUGGCAAAUCUGGCGCCUUGUGAGGGCAAGGCGACGAGCACCAGACCAGUACCGAAGGCAAUCGCGCCCUUGGUCAUCGCCACAGACGUAGACCCAAACACCUCCUUGCUGUCAUCGACGACCUCCUCCAGCAGGCUCUCCCCUUCCGCUUCACCCGCUUCAGCGACAACAGCCCAUUCUUCGCCUGCCACUCCCUCAGCUUGGGGAACACCGCCUUGCCUCUCACCGCUGCCUUCGCCUUUCCCCUUGGAUGGCGCAGCGUACGGCAGCGCCCACAAUGGUGGCGCUGCUACGACUCCGUCUUCACCCUCCCAGCAUCGCACAGCUGCCUUGUCGCCCCGUUCUGCACCCUCUACCAAGGGCAGGCAGCGUCACGUCUACUCGACUCCCUCCGAGUUCCCGCCUUCGCAAGGUCGAGCCAACCAAAGCGAGGCUGUGCUGCUCAGCUAUGAAGGAGAGUCGUGGCUCCUUUGCUCGCCUUAG